AUGGCAAACCAACAAAGCUCCGAUGGCUUCCUGCAUCAGCUCUGGACCGAGUACUGCAGUGGUAGCACCGUGUACGCCACGCGGCACCUCGUCAUGCGGAAGCUCCUCCCGGGUGAACGUGGCUGGUGGUUCGCCUGGAUUGGUGGCGUAAUCAUAGCUUGCGUGUUCGCCAACAUCAAAUCGCUACGCGAGUGGUCCGCCAGCCCCGUCGUGAUCAGUUACGAUACGGAGUUGGCUCCGAUCUGGGCGGUUCCGUUUCCGGCGGUCACGAUCUGCCCCCAGACCAAGACUAAGGUUGAGUACAUGAACAUCACGGAGUUGUACCUCGAGAUGUAUAAUGGAUUAGAGCUCUCGGAACAACAACAUCGCAUGCUGCGCGUCCUGAUGCAUGUGUGCCCCUACAUGGUAGCCUGGUAUGAAGCCCACGGAGCACUCAACGAAUACUGCGUGCCGAUCAUGAAAGCUAUGGCCCUUUCGCUGGACGACGUGUUCGCGACCUGCAAGUGGAGAAAUGAAGAGCUACCGUGUGAAUCGCUGUUCACUCAGUCCUUAACUGAUAACGGGAUUUGCUACACGUUCAACGCUGUCGACGCGUAUCAACUGUAUCGGACGUACAACCUGCACUAUGAUUACGAUUACUCCGACGCGUACAAUUAUUCUGGUGACUGGACGCUGCAGGAUGGCUAUCGAUUUGCCGAAGAUCUGGACAGUUAUCCGUACCGGACCUGUGGAACUGGAACUUCUUCCGGGUUGUACGUAGUGUUGAAAACGAGAAAAAUCGACGAUCAGAGUUUGUGUAAUGGCCCUCUAAGCGGAUUCAAAGUCGUUCUUCACUCGCCUGACGAUGUACCCUUAUUGAACACGUACUUCUAUCGACUGCCCCUUACAUCAGUGCUGAAGCUGUCUGUGGAGCCAACGCUAACAUUUAUUACCGAUGACCUCAAAAAGCAUCCAUAUACAAGACGACAGUGCUACUUCAACGGUGAGCGAUUUUUACGCUACUUUGCAAUCUACACCGAGUCAAACUGCAUUCACGAGUGUAUCGCCAACAUUACGAUGCGAGACUGUGGCUGCGCCAAGUUCUCGAUGCCGCGGGGCCCCAACGUGAAAGUUUGCGACGCUUCCAGCAUCGAUUGCUACGAAGAGUCGUUCUUCAAAAUAUACAACGUGACCGACACCCAGCAGGACGCUUGCGAGUGCUUGCCGGCUUGUGCGACUCUCCAGUACCAAGUUGAGCUGUCGCAGAUGGACUUUGACUUUGGGGCGCUGGCACAUGCAGCUGGGUAUAACGAAGGACAACUUGACUUUAUAACUCCUUCCAUCCUGAUCGUGUCCUAUCGCAGCAAGUGGACGCUUCCUUUGGUGCGCCGUGAGCUACUAGGUUGGAGCGACCUGCUGGCCAAGCUGGGCGGACUGUUCGGACUCAUGAUGGGAGCGAGCGUUAUCAGCCUGCUGGAGAUCUUCUACUAUUGCCUGAUCCGACCCUGGCGAAACGAGGACGCCGAUGACGCGCAGAGAUUCCGGCACGUCCUGCCGUGGCGACCUUGAAGCCCACACGUGGGUGUUACCAGCGUGUCAUGAUAUCAACUAAUAAUACCAAUUGUCCUGACCUUAUUGCUUAU